AUGGGCAGACCAGUGAAAGAGCUUGUAGAGUUCCUCGAGUACUUUACUUACAGCUUGGAGCUAAGGAUUAAACCAAGGUACCAAAGGUUACAAAGCAGGGGGAUUAGAUGUUCUCUCUCGUGGUUUCUCAAUUGUAGCGAUAUGAGAUUUGAAGAGAGAUUGAAAGGUGAAUAUAUUGAGGCAGAGAGUGUCGGUCCAACAUUAAUUAUGAGUGGCAAGUUGGAGCUUCCCAGGAGUGAGAUUGUAUCAGAAGAAGAGUAUGAGAGCGAUGAUGAAAUACUUUAUAGACACUCUGUUUCCUUGUAA